ACAGAGACGAGCUGCUGAGUGUGCACAUCUUCGGAGGGCACACACACGCCCCGCGCUGCAGGGGCUCCCUUCUCAGGCCGCACCCAUGGAGCUCCCCCUAGCCCAGAUAAGCCCCCAAGGAAGCCGCGAAGCCCCCACCACUACCUUCAGCACCUUCCUGCCCGUGGAAUUGCCCCGCAGAAGCUGCCAGGGCCUGAGCUUGCCUCAGGGGCCCCGGCUCCAGGCCCCGAAGGCUGCAGAGGCCCAGCCCAGCCCCAGGGUCCCCGCUGCCCAAGCCGCGGCAUGUGAUCAACCCCCAGGGCCUGCCUCCUGCCCAGAGGAGGCUGAGGAGGCCGAAGAGGUGCCUGGGGAAGGCGGCCUGUCCCUGCAGGCCGAGACCCGGGCGUGGUUCCGGAAGACCCAGGCCCACUGGCUCCUGCAGCACGGGGCGGCCCCCCCCUGGUUCCACGGCUUCAUCACCCGGAGGGAGGCCGAGAGGCUGCUGGAGCCCAAGCCCGAGGGGUGCUACUUGGUGCGGUUCAGCGAGAGCGCGGUGACCUUUGUGCUGACUUACAGGAGCCGGACUCGCUGCCGCCACUUCCUGCUGGCGCAGCGCGGGGACGGGCGCCACGUGGUGCUGGGCGAGGACAGCGCCCACGCGCGGCUGCAGGACCUGCUACGACACUACAGCGCGUGUCCGCUCAGCCCCUACGGGGAGACGCUCAGCGAGCCCCUGGCCCGCCAGACUCCUGAGCCUGCAGGACUUUCCCUAACGCUUGAAACGUCAGACUCCGGAAACAAAAGCCUUGAAAUGUCAGAGUCCGGGAAAAAAACCCACCCUCAAUAUAGCCCGAUCCUCAAAAAGUUGCCAAACGCAGGCCCCACGCAGGACGGUGCCGCGGAGCCGAAGGAGCUCGCCGCACCGCGGCCUGGCCUUCUCUCCCAGUCUCCGCAGCCGCCCAGGCCCAAGCCUCCCGUGCCCGCCAAGCCUCAGCUGCCCCCUGAAGUCUACACAAACCCGGCUUCGAGGCCCCGCCCGGCCCCGCCCCCCAAGCCCUCCAACCCCAUCUACAACGAGCCUGAUGAACCCAUCGCCUUCUACGCCAUGGGCAGGGGGAGCCCCGGGGAGGCCCCCAGCAACGUCUAUGCGGAGGUGGAGGUUCAGCUGCCGCCGGAGGCUGGGGGCCCCCCCUGCGCCCUCGGGCACCCGGCCCUGCGCAAGUGCCGCUCCAGGCCUGUACCCCAAAGCCAGAACCUGGCUGGCCAGCAGCUGCAUUCUGACAACCCUGUGACCGGGCAAGGCCCUUCCAUGCCCCACCAGUCCCUGCCCUGCUGGGGGCACACCCUCCCCCACAAGCUUUCUAGACAGAGGACAGAGGACAGAGGAAAGGCGUGGCUCUCCCUGGGGCCUCCUCGGUAGCCUGGAAAUGCCAGAGAUCUCCUCGGAUGGGAAAUCCAGCUACUUCCCAGAAUUCCACUGCAUGGGGCCCUGGGUGCCGGCCCCUCCCCCACAUCGCAGCUUCACCCUGUUCCCUGGAUAGGUCUGGGCCCCCACAAAGGAGCCUGGAGUUCACAGGAGCAAGUGUGGAGUCGCUUUCUUUCAGGGACACACCCACUAGUUCCUUCCCGAGUCCCUGAGAAUCCAGUGGCUCAGUGAUCGGUGGUCCUCUGCGGAAGCAGGCGAGGGCGGCCCCUCUGCCUCCCGCCGCCUGGCUUUUCCUCCCAGAGUCUGAUUUCCUCGGCCCGCUGGGCCUUUGAGGUCUGGGCCCUGGUCCAAUGCUGCUGUUGUCUGAGAAAUGGUUUGGCGAGAACAGAUGUUGGAACUUGUUUGUUGAUUCUUGUCUGGCUAAUAAAUCAUCGCCAACCA